GGAAACUAUACAGAGACCACCAUCAUUUUAUUAAAACGGAACAUGUUUUGGAUCAAUAACAAGGAAGUCCUCGUGUAACUCAACCUAGUAAAAUGAAGACUUUUCUUCCCUCAUUAACAUUGUAGCAGAUAAAUAUGUGAACAUAUUCACUGAACCAUCUAUUGACUUCCACCUUCAUCUCUUUCAGGCAUUGCCACUUUGUCUGAAAUGUCUCAGUUAGUUUCUGGAGGUGAUAUUGUCACACUGGAAACUGAGCUAUCUGAGCUAGGUACAAGUUCGAGUCCAACUUCUGUGGAGCAAAAUACUUAUGAUGAGCAUGCUGAAAAAUGGGCUGAGCUCAACAGAUUGCCUAGUUUCGAACGCUUGAGGUCAUCACUAGUUGAUGAUCAUGAUGAUACUAAAGGGAAAAGAAUUGUAGAUGUUUCUGCUAUUAGUGCAUCAGAGAGGCAUAUCUUUAUUGAGAAGCUUAUCAAGCAUAUUGAGAAUGACAAUCUACGUUUAUUGCAGAAGCUUCGAAAAAGAAUUUACAAAGUUGGUUUGAAGUUUCCCACUGUUGAUGUACGAUACAAUAAUCUGCGUGUGGAAGCAGAGUGUCGAGUAGUUCGUGGCAAGCCCCUACCAACUAUAUGGAAUUCUCUGCAAAGCUUGAUUUUUAAUAUUGCUGAGCUUGGUGGACUGAAGUCGAGAAAGGCCAAAAUAUGCAUCAUUCACGAAGUCAGUGGUAUCAUCAAGCCUGGAAGAAUGACACUACUGCUUGGCCCUCCGGGUUGUGGGAAGACCUCUUUCUUGAAAGCACUUUCUGGAAACCUAAACAAAUCUCUGAAGUGUAGUGGGGAAAUAUCCUAUAAUGGCUUCAAACUCGAAGAGUUUGUGCCUCAGAAAACUUCUGCUUAUAUCAACCAAUAUGAUCUUCAUAUAUCUGAGAUGACUGUAAGGGAAAUACUUGAUUUUUCAGCCCGCUGUCAGGGUAUUGGAAGUCAAGCAGAGUUGAUGACUGAGGUCAGCAGGAGGGAGAAAGAGGCGGGAGUGAUUCCAGAUCCAGAUAUAGAUACCUUUAUGAAGGCGAUAUCCAUUGAAGGAAAAAGCGCAUCCCUUCAGACUGACUACAUUCUAAAAAUUCUUGGCCUUGAUAUAUGUGCGGACAUCCUUGUUGGAGAUGCCAUGAGAAGAGGCAUAUCUGGCGGUCAAAAGAAAAGAUUGACUACAGGGGAAAUGAUCGUUGGCCCUACAAAAGCUCUGUUUAUGGAUGAAAUAUCAAAUGGCUUAGACAGUUCCACAACGUAUCAGAUUGUUUCAUGUCUCCAGCAUCUGGCUCACAUUUCAGAAGCAACUAUAAUUGUAUCACUUCUUCAGCCAGCACCAGAAGCCUUUGAUAUGUUUGAUGACAUUAUAUUAAUGGCAGAAGGAAAAAUUGUGUAUCAUGGGCCACGUAUACACGUUCUAGAAUUCUUCGAGGGAUGUGGUUUUAAGUGCCCUUUAAGAAAAGGAGUAGCUGAUUUUCUGCAGGAGGUUAUUUCCAAAAAGGAUCAAGCUCAGUACUGGCACAGAACAGGACAGACUCACCGCUAUGUUUCUGUCGAUAGACUAUCCCAAAUGUUUAAAGAAUCUACUUUAGGCAAGACGCUGGACGAUGAGAUCUCUAAGGAUUUUUUGGAGUCAGAGAACCAUGACAAAUCUAUUUCACACAGUGUAUACUCUCUGUCAAGGUGGACUUUGUUCAAGGCAUGCAUGUCAAGAGAAAUUAUUCUGAUGAGGAGGAAUUCGUUUAUUUACAAAUUCAAAACAAUUCAGCUAUUGAUAAUUGCAUCUAUCACAAUGACUGCUUUUUUGCGAACUCGGAUGGAAGUUGAUGCAGGUCAUGCAAAUGAAUAUUUGGGUUCCCUCUUCUAUUCUCUUAUUAUUCUUCUAGUUGAUGGAUUUCCGGAAUUAAGCAUGACUGUUGCACGACUUCCAGUUUUCUAUAAACAAAGAGAAUUGUGUUUUUACCCGGCUUGGGCAUAUGCAAUUCCAGCUGCAAUUCUGAAAAUUCCCCUUUCUAUCCUGGAAUCUUUGAUUUGGGUGUCUCUGACGUAUUAUGCCAUUGGGUACAGCCCAGAGCCGGAAAGGUUUUUCCGACAGUUGAUUCUAUUCUUUGCUGUGCACUUGAUGUCAAUAUCUAUGUUCCGGUUCUUGGCAUCUGUCUGUAGGACAACAGCUGCUGCCACAUUAGCUGGUAGCAUGGCAGUACCAUUAGGAUUACUCUUUGGUGGUUUCAUCAUCCCAAGACCCUCAAUGCCAUCUUUGUUGAAGUUGGGAUUUUGGGUUUCCCCAGUAACAUAUGGCCAGAUAGGCCUCGCUGUUAAUGAGUUUCAUGGUCCAAGAUGGCAAAAGAUGCUGUCCACCAACACGACGAUAGGGCAUCAAACUCUCGUGGAUCGUGGAAUGGACUUCAGUGAGCACUUCUACUGGAUAUCUCUUGGUUCAUUAUUUGGGUUUACAUUGAUUUUCAAUGUUGGAUUUAUCUUGGCCUUAAGCUACUUGAAGGCACCUGGCUCUCGUGCUAUUAUAUCAAGGGAAAAGCUUUCAGAAAUACAAGGAAGUGAAGAAAUCAUGAACGCUGAAUGCAUUAACAGGAGGUCUAAUGCUAACGGAAGAAUGGUUCUACCUUUUGAACCUGUUAGUUUUGUCUUCCAAGAUGUCCAGUACUACGUGGAAACCCCUUUGGAAAUGAUUGAACAUGGAACCAGUCAGAAAAAGCUACAACUUCUAUGUAAUAUCACUGGUGCAUUCAGACCCGGUGUUCUUACUGCAUUGAUGGGAGUUAGUGGAGCUGGGAAAACAACCCUCCUUGAUGUUCUUGCUGGAAGAAAAACUAGUGGCACCAUUACAGGAGAAAUGAAGAUUGGAGGUUACCCUAAAGUUCAAGAGACAUUUGCAAGAAUUUCAGGUUACUGUGAGCAAUCCGACAUACAUUCUCCACAAGUUACUGUAGAAGAAUCUGUGAUUUUUUCAGCUUGGCUACGUCUUCACCCACAAAUUGAUUCAAAAACUAAAUAUGAUUUUGUGAAGGAUGUCCUUGAGACAGUUGAACUUGAUGGACUAAAGGACUCCUUAGUUGGCAUGCCAGGUGUUAGUGGUCUAUCAACCGAGCAACGUAAGCGUCUUACCAUAGCUGUGGAGCUUGUUUCCAACCCCUCAAUCAUAUUCAUGGAUGAGCCCACAACUGGACUGGAUGCUCGAGCAGCAGCUAUUGUCAUGCGUGCUGUGAAGAAUGUGGCUGAUACUGGAAGAACAAUUGUUUGCACCAUUCAUCAACCGAGUAUUGACAUAUUUGAAGCAUUUGAUGAGUUAAUUCUAUUGAAAUCUGGUGGACGUGUAAUCUACUCUGGACCUCUGGGACUACAUUCAAGUAAAAUCACUGAGUACUUUGAGUCCAUCUCAGGAGUGCCAAAGAUAAAAAAUAACUACAAUCCAGCAACAUGGAUGUUAGAGGUUACUUCUACAUCUGCAGAAGCUGAGCUUGGUCUAGACUUUGCACAGGUUUAUGAGGGUUCUACCUUGCAUGAGAGCAAUAAAGAGCUAGUCUUGAGCUUGAUUACUCCGGCUCCAGGUUCAAAGGAGUUGUAUUUUCCCACGCGCUUUUCACAAAAUGGUAUUGCACAGUUCAAAUCAUGCCUAUGGAAACACCAUUUGUCAUAUUGGAGAAGUCCUUCAUACAAUUUCAAUCGUUUGAUGUAUUUGAUCGUCGCGUCUUUUCUCUUCGGGAUUCUCUUCUGGGAUAAAGGGCAGAAACUAGAUAACCAACAGAAUGUGUUCAGUAUGUUUGGUUUGAUGUUCACAGCUUGUACAUUUAUUGGCAUAAAUAAUGCCUCCACAGUUCUCCCUUACAUUUCAACAGAACGAAACGUUUUGUAUCGGGAAAGAUUUGCUGGAAUGUAUGCUCCCUGGGCUUAUGCACUUGCACAGGUGACUAUCGAGGUACCUUAUCUAUUUACACAAUCAGUUGCAUACGUGAUAAUUACAUAUCCAAUGAUCGGAUAUUCUUGGACUGCUUACAAGGUGUUUUGGUACUUCUACUCCAUGUUCUGCACAUUGUUGUAUUACAAUUAUAUGGGAAUGAUGGUUGUUUCAAUUACGCCAACAUAUCCGGUAGCUGCAAUUCUGCAGUCCUCUAUCUACACUAUGUUUAGCCUCUUCUCGGGUUUUAUUAUUCCUCAACCACGAAUUCCCAAGUGGUGGUUAUGGUUUUAUUACCUCAUUCCAACUUCUUGGACAUUAAACGCAAUGCUCUCCUCUCAAUACGGAGAUGUAGACGAAGAAAUUAUGGUAUUUGGAGAAAAGAAAACAGUUGCAGCUUUUCUAAAGGACUACUUCGGAUUUCACCAUGAUCGCUUGCCAAUGGUUGGUGUGGUUUUGAUGCUAUACCCUAUCAUUUUUGCUUCCAUAUUUACAUAUUGCAUUGGGAAGUUAAAUUUCCAGAGAAGGUGAAAUGUAGCUGUAAAGUCAUGCAGUGACAGUUUCUCUGGGAACUCAGGCUUAGUAAUUUCAGCCCUUAAUGACUCUUGCUAGUAAAAUUUGUGUAAAUUUAUAUACUCAGAGAUCUGUGUAAAUUUAUCUACUCAUUUUAUAUUUCUUGUGUUAAUAAAGCAACACUAGUUUUUGCAA